AGAUGAAGUUAAAUUGUUUUGGAAGAAAUUCGGAGAGGAGUAUGUACGAAUUGACAACUGAUGAAAUGCAAGCAGUCAGAGAUGCGUGGAAGAGAGCCAAAGAACGAGAAAUUGGCAAACACAUCCUACGCGCACUUAUUGAACGGAAGCCACAGUUUAAGGAUUAUUUUGGAAUUCACGUGGAUGAAAAGAAUCAUGAUGUGUACAGUUGCAGAGAAUUUCAAUUGCAAGCACACCGAAUUCAAAACUUUUUGGAUACUGCAGUCUCUUCACUUGGGUUCUGUCCAAUUGGAAAUAUUCAUCAGAUGGCAUACCGUAUUGGACAAAUUCAUUUUUAUAGAGGAGUGAACUUUGGCGCCGACAAUUGGUUGACGUUCAAGAAAGUGACAGUGGAGAUAGUGACAAAAGAUUGUGGAAAUUCUGAAAGUAGUUCAAUGGAUCUGAAAAGUGUUCCAUCAUUGUUUCCUUCUAGUUCAAGUACAGUCAUUAUAAUUGGUUGGGAAAAGUUCAUGAGCUCAGUGAUUCGAGAAAUGAAGAAAGGUUUUCUCGAUGAGGCUCGUCGUAACUGUCAUGAUGAAGAAACAAAAUUCUGACAAUUAGAUGAUGAUGAGGAAGAGAAUACAAAACAUCAAAAUAACAACAAAGGAGAGGAUGAACAAUCUGUAAUUAUUGAAUAAUAUGUGUUAUAGUUGUGAAAAAUUUAGUAUCAACUAUAUAUUCCAAUAUUCAAAAUGGGAGUUUUAAACGGGCCUAUUAAACACAACGCUUGUGAAAGUAAUUCUUGAGACCAGUUUCCAUAAUAUUUAAACUUUGCUUUCAGAACCAUUAGUUCUGAUUUACCAAUUUCCCGAAACAUAAUUUUGAACUUUCCCACCGUCAAUCCUCCUCUUUUUAUUCUAUUCCUUGUCAUCAUAUAUACUUGCAUUUGUUCUUCAAAGUAAACCUCAAUCUAUUAACAACAUAACCACAGAGAUUGUGAGAUACUUGAGCUUUUCGUUUCUCAGUGAUCCCAUCUUGUAUAAAUCGUUGUAGAUCCCAUCCCAUUUUUUUUGCCAAAAUAGUCUCAAUCAAUUUGUCUUUAUGCAUUUCGCAUACAGAAUAAAAA